AUGAGGAAUGUUACAUUAAUUUCCUUACUUUCAAUUAAUUCAUUAUAUCAUUCACCAUUCAUUACGAAAUCACCUAAUUCAAUGAAAUCUAUAUUAACAAUAUGCAAUUCCAGAUUUAUUAAACAAUUUUCAAAUAUAUAUCGAUCAGAAAAAGCAAAAGAAUCUUUAAAUCUCUUAAAAUCAGAUUUCAAGCAGACAUUACAACCUGUUAUACAUAUUUCUCAGUCAGAAUUCGAAGAUGAUUUGGAUGAAGGAUCAUCAUUUCAAACAGAAAACAUUAAACUUGCUGGAUUUAAGCAAACAUUAAUUAUGCAUAAAAGAAAUCUCGAUAUUGAUCAAUGCUCUUUCACAGGUUGCAUGGGAAAAAUGGGAGGAGCUAUUCAUAUUGAAAAAAGUCAUUCAAUACAGAUCUCUAGGGCCUCAUUCGAAGGUAACUCUGCAGAUGUAGGCGGAGCUGGACAUUUUUUAGGAAUAAUAUCAUUUAAACUAAAAGAUUCUAAAUUUAAUACUAAUUAUGCAAAGUAUUAUGGAGCUUUAAUGGUUGAUGGUAAGGAGAAACCUGUUAACUUUUCUAUAUCUGUUGUAAAUUUUACAAAUAAUCGCGCGGAGCUUUGGGGAGCUGCUUUAAGACUAGACAGAUGUGGUGGUGAUAUUAGAUGCACAUACUUUGUUAAGAAUAUUGCACUAGUUUCUGGUGCUUUCUUUGAUUUUUCUUGUAAACCAAACACAAGGUCAAUUACUCGAUGUUGUUUCCUAUCGAAUAACUGCACGUCUCGAGCAGCUGUAACAUGCUUCCAUUUAUUACAAGAGUCAACAUAUACAAAAUGCAUAUUUGCGAAGAAUUAUUGCGAAAAGAAACCAAAUUCGAUCGAAAUACAAUCUAUCAACACAAAAAUUACAUUGCAGAAUUGCGUGUUUGAAGGUACUAAAGAAACUGAAAUCGGAAUGAAGUUUAAUUAUUCAGAAUUUAUUGUUCAAGAUUCUGAAUUUGGCACUGUAAUACAGGACUAUAGUAAGUUCCUCGGUAAUCUAUAUUGGGUAUAA